CUGAACCCUCCGAUUGAACUACUUAUCCGUUCUUUAAUUUUUCUUUUCCAAGUUUUUCCUUGCCAGGAGAGAAUCCCCUGUCCAAAUGUUGCUUUCCUUUGCUCCCUUCAUGCCGCCAGUGCAUGUGAAGUGUCGAGUGCGAUAAAAAAUAAUUUGCCUAUAAGCUGUUGGGAUUUGGUGUACGACAACCGUACGAGGCCGAUCAUCUGUCGUUACAUACGACGCUUUGCUUCAAGUUCCUUCAAUCUUUUAUCUUCUGCGCUGCUUCCGAUCGAACGGUAAUGGAUGGCAUUUCAAAGAAAACUUAGAGAUAAAUAAUUCACCCCCUCUCUCUGUAGUAUGAUGCUUUGCCGGCAAAUUUAUCGGAAAAAGAUACGGUCUUUUUCCGACCGGCGGUGGUUCUUCUCUCUUACCAGUGUUUCACCGUCUCCGGGAGCAUCUGGAGGGCGGAAGGCAUGGACGAUCGUUCCAGCUGCCGUAUGUUACUCUCCAGCCCACUCCGCUCGAUGUGCGACGACGUCUUUUAGCUCCUUUAGUAGGCUUGCGACUUUGAAAGUUACAUUUGGCCUGAAAGGCUGUUGCUUUUCAACUCAAGCUGAGGCUUUUGAGCCAGAGGGUGGAAUACUGGAUGUACCUUUAGCACAAACGGGUGAAGGGAUCGCUGAAUGCGAGCUUAUAAGAUGGUUUGUUAAGGAGGGAGACCAAGUUGAAGAAUUUCAGCCACUUUGUGAAGUUCAGAGUGACAAGGCUACCAUAGAAAUAACAAGUCGUUACAAGGGAACAAUCUCUCACAUUCUUCAUGUUCCCGGGAACAUCGUGAAGGUAGGAGAGACUCUGUUGAAAAUUGCUGUGGAUAGAAUUUCAGCUCCUACUCAAGCUGUAGAUAUUUCUGAAAAUGUUAAAGAAGUUAAGAGUGUGGCAAGUAGCAUAGAUGAUCAUAGUUCUGCUGUUAUAAAUUCGAGGAUUGGUGGAGUGUUAUCCACUCCUGCCGUCCGUAUCCUUGCAAAGCAGUAUGGUGUAGAUAUAAAUGUUGUCCCUGGAACUGGAAAGGAUGGACGGAUACUGAAAGAGGAUGUCUUAAACUAUGCAGCAGUCCACAGAGGAACCUUAGUUAAUUCACAAGCACUACCAAAUCCUGCAGAACAAUUACAUAGUGUGGACAUCACAUACCCUGACAUUUCAGCUUCUCGUGGGUUGGGUAAUGAAGACACAACAAUUCUCCUAAGGGGAUUUCAACGUGCUAUGGUUAAAUCAAUGACCCUGGCUGCAAAAAUUCCUCAUUUUCAUUAUAUUGAAGAGAUAAAUUGUGAUGCACUCCUACAGCUCAAAAGAUCAUUCCAGAAGGCAAACUCUGAUCCAGAAGUCAAGCACACUUUUCUUCCUUUCUUAUUGAAGUCUCUUUCAAUGGCUUUUACUAAAUAUCCCAUGCUAAAUAGUUGCUUCAAAGAGGAGCUUUAUGAAGUCACUGUAAAAGGAUCUCACAACAUUGGGGUUGCAAUGGCUACUCCACAUGGCUUAGUUGUUCCAAACAUAAAGAAGGUGCAGUCAUUAUCAAUCUUGGAGAUAACCAAGGAACUUUCAAGAUUGCAAAAGUUGGCAAUGGCCAACAAGCUUGACCCUGAAGAUGUAUCUGGUGGGACUUUUACUCUAAGCAACAUUGGAGCAAUUGGUGGAAAGUAUGGUUCCCCUCUAAUCAAUGCACCUGAAGUUGCCAUCAUUGCCAUAGGCCGGAUUCAAAAAAUCCCCCAUUUUGCUGAAGAUGGAAAUGUGCAUCCAGCUUCAGUUUUGACGGUAAACGUUGGAGCUGAUCAUAGAGUACUUGACGGAGCUACUGUUGCGAAGUUCUGCAAUGAGUGGAAACAAUUUAUUGAGCAACCGGAGCUUAUGAUGUUGCAUAUGAGAUGAGUCUUCCAUCUGUUUGUGUGUCUUGGAAUAAGGGAAUGGACAGCCUUUACUUGUGAUGAUACUCAAUUGAUUGUCAUCCACUUCUUCCAUUUAUGUGGACCAAAAAUAAGAAAAGUAACAGUUCCUUCAAAGUCUUCUUAUUUGGCAUCUACGCCGUGCAUGUACUAGCUAGUUACAAAUUCUUCACAGUUUAGUGAAACCCUUACCCCAUGUUUGGUUCAGAGGAGGGGAAGGAAGGGAAGAGGCAAGGAGGCUAGGAGAGGGAAGAAGAAGAAGGAAGACUUUGACAUUGACAAAUCUUUCCUCCAAAAUACCCUGAUUUGGGAUUUGGAGGAUUUAAAAUUUAAGAGAAUGGAGGAUUUUGAAAGUCAUCCACCUUUCUCCCCUUCCUACUUCCUCCAACCAAACACACAUGAAUCAUCUAGUUUCCUUCCCCUCUCUUCAAAAUCCUCCAACCAAACAAAGCCUUAAAGCCUCAGAAUUCCAAGUGGGAUUUACUAGGUCUAUUUGGUGCAAGGAGCUAGUUAUCCCAUUGUGAUACGUAGCAUUUCUUUUUCAAAUUUAACUUUUAAAUUUUUUGUUCAUAUUUGCCAAAAAAUGAUCAAAUGAUCGACUAUUAUUGAUGAUCUCUAGACCACUUUUGGCAUGACCUUCAUUUGUAUGUCCACAAACUCUACAUAUACUUACGAAUUUGAUUGAGAUUUGAAAAAUCUUUUUUGUUAAUAGUAUUAAUAUUUAAUACUGUUGGUAAA